GUUGCUACAGCGGUAAAACCAGACUGGAUAUUUAGUCUCAUUUUCAAAAGUUGCCUCAAAUAAUUUGCAAAUGGAGUUAAUGACAGAACGUUAUUUUCAAAAACCACUACGACUGAGUCAUAGUGCAUCAAAUUUACCAGAUAUUUUGCAAUAUGCAAGAUCAGGAUCUUCAGGAAGGUUUGAUGAUAUAACAGAAGGCAGUUAUCCAGCUAUUUAUACGCACAGGAAUAUCAGAUCAUUUGCACCCUGGCGCCCCAAGUCUCAUUUUUCCCCGGACCGAUUAUCUUAUUUUAAUGAUGACAAGUCAGCAAAAUCACUGGGUCCCAUUGUCAACGUUACUGGAGAUUCGCUAGGUUUACAUGAACUGGAGGGUUUAAGAAUUCCUUCUAUAUACUCAGCUGCACGCAACGCUUUAUACACAAGAUAUACGCCUGCCGACUGGACUAAGGGUAACUUUACUCGGCUGUCAAACUCAGAGCAGGCAAUGAAGAGAGCUGAACAUAUAAGAGGAAAUGGAGAACGUUUGGGAGUUGAAGCAGAUGACAGAAUUAAACGAGCACAACAGGAAGUUGGCAGACUACUUGGUCAAAGAAUUAAUGAUAUCAAUUAUAUGAAACAUGAAUUAAAUAACGAAAUUGAUGCACUUAUUAAUGAAAUGAAUAAAUUAAAUGAAUCUAAACGAAUUGCUGAAAAAGCAUUCGCCGAAAUUGAAAAUCCAUUACAUAUUACACAAGAAUGUUUAUAUCAUCGGGAAAAACGUCAGUCUACUGACCUUGUACAUGAUCAACCAGAAAAAGCACUUUUAAAAGAAAUUGAUGGAAUAAAAGUUUGUCAAGAACAAAUUAAAAAUAUUAUAAAUCGUGCUACAGCACAAUUAAAUUUAUGUCGUAGUGUUCAACAUGAAUUAGAACAAGAUAGUUCAGAUAAAUUUAGGGCAUUACAAUUGGAUCAAUUAGCUCAUCAAUUACGUAAUUCAUCGGCUAAUAUUGCAUUAUAUGGUGAUAUUGAGAAAUUAGAAAAAUGGAUGAGUGUACCGGAAAAAUGGGCUGAACACACAAGCGCUAAUUUAAAACGUUCCCAAGCUGAACGUGCAGCAAGUCGAUCUAUUCGUGAAGCAAUUGAACAUUGUUUAGGAGCAACAUUCAGUAGAAUACGUAAUUUAUGGUCUUCAACUAAUGCAUGUUUAUCUCAACGUAUACAAGAAACAAUGGAAGCUAAGAAUAGAAUACAAGUUCAAUUAGAGAAAAUUAAUCAAGAAUUAUUUGAUGUUGAAAAGAAUAUGGAAUAUUUAAAAAGAUGUAUAGCUGAUAAACAAGCACCAUUGAAAGUGGCUAGAACAAGAUUAGAUUUACGUAAUCGACGUCCAAAUAUUGAAUUAUGUCAUGAUGAUCCACAUGAAAGAUUAUUACGUGAAAUAGCAGAAUUACAAGAAUCAAUUGAUCAACUUGUCAGUCAAUUAACAGAUAUACAAACAGCACAUCAAGAUUUAUUAAAUAAUAAAAGUCGUUUAGAAAUGGAUUUAUCUAUUAAAGCUAAUAGUAUAUAUAUUGAUCGUGAAAAAUGUUUAGGUUUACGUAAAACAUUUCCAAUGAAUCCUUCUUUAAUUGCACCAGUUUAAUGUAUAAUACACUUUUUCUUUCUUUCUUUUUUUCUUAGAAAAAAAAGAGACAUUAAAAAAAAGAAAAUACUAGUAACUAUUCCUUAUUAUAGACAAGAAGUUCUUUUUUGUUUUCUUAAUGUUACAGUCUUUUUUUAAUUCUAUAUUAUUUAUAAAUAGUUAUAAAUAGUUACUAAGUCUAUUCUAAUAAUAGUAAUGGUAAUAAAGAAUGAUACACCCCAAAAUUUUACUAACCAACUACCCACCUAAUCAAUUCCGCACUAUCUUUUUUUUCUCAAUCUUUAUUGAUUAGUUGAUUAGUAGUAACAUGAUAAAUUAUAUCUGUGUAUGUAUUUUACUACAUGAAUGUACUCAUAUUUAUUUGUUGUACUAUUUAUUGUAUCUCAUGGAUGAUCCAUGUUUCCGUUAGUUCUAGGGAAUUUAAAGAAUAUAACAGACGGAUUGAAGAAUACAUUUACAAACAUAUACGUACAUACACACACAUACAUACAUUGAUCUGUAAAAAAUAAUAAGUAAUUGUGUUCAAAUAUACGUCAAUCCAUAUAGUAACUGUUGAUCAUAUGUAGUUUUAUAUAAUAAAAAAAUUUCAGAAAAUUCUCUUCAUUUAUUUGUUUUACUAUUUUUAUUACAACCAUUUUUGUUUUCCAAAAACAAAUUAGCACUUUUCAUCGCUUUCUUCAUGAAUUUUAUUUGAAUUCAUGUUGUUAAUAUUCAUUGUGUUCUUUUUUCAAUUACUUUUUAUUAUUCUGUAAUAAUCAUUAUUAUUACUAUUAUUACUAUUAUUAUCAGUAGUUUUAGUAGUAUAGUUUGUGUUAUAUAAUUCAUUGUUUGUUUUGUUUUUAUUUUUCUCUUAUUCAAUAUAAUAAUAUAAUACAACACCGGCACAACUGUGAUAAUUGUACAAAAUGAUUAUAAAUAACCAAUAUAACAAACAACAUUGUUGAUCGUGACAUGAAUAUAAAAAAAUAUUUAAAAAAAUUGAUAAUAUUGAUUACUGAUUCAUUAUAAUAUUGAUUUAUCAAUGAAUUAACUAAUCAGGUUAUAAAGUAUUGUGUGUUAUAUCUAUUCUUUACAAUUUACUUUUACUUUUAUAUUGAUUUAGUUUUGAUUAGUAAUAAUAUAUAUUGAUGUUGGAUAUUCAUGAACUCACUAUAUUGUUUUGUUUGUUUUGUUUUUUUAAUUUUAAUUCUUUCAUGAAUAUAUUCAUGUCAUGCCGUCGGCCUUGACAACAAAAACUAUUUUAAAUAUAUACGUAUAUAUAUCUUUGUCGAUUUGACAAAUAAUGUCUUUCUUAAUAUUAUUAUUGUUAUUAUUAUUACAAGUAAUAGUACUAUUGUUAGUACUUACAAUUGUGUGAACUGAAUAGUCAUUAAAUAAUUAACAAUCUAUAUAGAUACAUAUCAUUAAAUGUAAUAAUGAUUAUUACAAUUAGUUUAAUUGUUUUCAAUUCUAGAAACUAAGCA